AUGAUCAGAUUAAAAGAUUUCGUUGCAUGUACAAUUUUCAAAAAUUCUAAAUUAAACUUUUAUUCUAAAAUGACGUUACAAAAAAUUUUUGUUUCCGAAACAGAAAAUUCAAUAGAAAAAGCUACCGAAAUUCUAAACAUGGGGCAAGUGAUAGCAGUGCCAACAGAUACAGUUUACGGAUUAGCUUGUAAUGCUAAUGAUUCGGUAGCAAUAAAGAAAUUAUAUAAUAUUAAAGGUAGAGAUAAAUUAAAACCUGUCGCAAUUUGUGUUGCCAAUUUACAAAAUGUAAAAUAUUAUGGCAAAGCGGAACACUUACCGGAAAAUUUAUUAAACGAAUUGCUACCAGGUCCAAUUACUAUAGUAUUAGAAAAAACAAAAAAGCUUAGUUCACCAUUUUUAAAUCCAGGAAUAAAUAAAAUUGGCAUUAGAAUACCAAAGCUUAAAUUUAUACAAAAUUUAUGCAGUAAAUUAGAAUUUCCGAUAGCAUUAACAAGUGCUAAUUUAUCGAGUGAACCAAGUAGCCUUAAUAUUCAGGAAUUUGCAAGUAUAUGGCCUAGCUUAGGCGGAAUUUUCGAUGGUGGAAUUUUGAGCCUUGACGAAACGUCCAGAUCUGCUUCAACAGUUAUUGAUUUAUCAGUUCCAGAUAAAUAUAAAAUAAUUCGUAGAGGUAUUAUGGCGGAUGAAAUCGUUGAAAUUUUAAGAAAAUACGGUAUAAAACCUUAGAUUAAAAAUUUAGAUUUUGUAAAGAUACAUAUGAUGUAUAUUUUAUUUAAGCUAUUUUAUUACAAUAAAUUAAUUAUUAA